GCGCGAAUUGAGUCAGCUGUACCAAGUGGGAUGGAUGGAGACAGGAGGCUGCGCAUCCCCCCGUAUCUUCUGCUCGCACUUUUCGACGGCGUGCCGAGAGCCGGCGGGGAGCGGCGGGGAACGGGAUGACAAACUGAGAGCGCGCGCAGGGAAGACGCAGAGGCCGUCAAGAGCCGCCACCGCCACCGCCGACGACACCGCCACGAGAAAUAUUCGACGCGGCGCAAUUUCUCGCCGUUCAAAUUUUCGCGGAUAAAUUAACGCGCGCGUCAUUUUUUUUUUUUUUGGCCGCUCUCGCUCGGCCCGCCCGCUCGCGACCUGGGCCGGUGUGACAAUUAUUCUGUUUUUUCUCGACGGUCGGCAAGGCGUAGGGCUGCUGGGGGAGGAGGGGGGGGGGAACUUUUAACGGGACAAAAAACCCUCGGUAAAAAAACGUCCGUAUCUCAACAAGGCACUUCUCCGUUGGACAUCCGCGAAUUUUUUUUUGACUCCGGCAAGGUGGCCCAGAAAGCGCGAGGCGGAUCGCAGCGGAGGCUGUGGCAGGCGUCGUUCGGAAGACGCCACACGUGUCCCCUAGUUCCUGGUGACAGCCCACCAGAUGAUGGACAAGACGAAGAAGGCAAGCCGGGGAAAGAAGGUCAGCAGGGCCACCUUCUUCGAGGUUGAGAUCAAGGAUGGCCUCAGCAAGGAUCAGCUCUGUUUCAUGGACAAGGUUGAGCCGACGGUCACCGUCGCUGAGCUCAAGGCCAUGUUCCAGAAAUCCUAUCCCGGGAUGUAUCCGUCUCGCCAGUGCUUCAAAGUCGACCCAAAGGGCAAGGCGGUGAGGGAUGAGGAUGUCCUGAAGAGUCUCCCCGUAGGGACCACAGCCACCUUCUACUUCUACGACCUGGGACCUCAGGUCAACUGGACCACGGUGUUCUUCAUCAAGUACCUCAGCAUCCUCGGCGUCUACUUCCUCUUCUACAUCCGCACGCCGUUCCUCUACUCGUCGGAGAGCGACUUCACCCUCAGCGCGCACAGGGUGGUGCACUUGGCCUUUGUCUGCCACACAUUCCACUACGUCAAGUGUCUCCUGGAGGCCAUCUUCGUCCACCAAAUCGCGUCCCGCGGCACCAUGCCCCUGCGCAACAUGAUUAAGAAUUACACCUACUACAUGCUCUUCACGUUAUGGAUGGCAUUCUACAUCAACCACCCUCUCUACACACCGCCUUCAAACAAGCAGAUGGGUGUGGGGCUCAUGUGCUUCAUCGUGUGCGAGAUCGGCAACUACUUCAUCCACGUGACGCUCCGGGACCAGCAGAGUUCCGUGUACAGGCUACGUCAGUAUCCGAUGCCGACCAUGAAUCCCUUCACGUGGCCGUUCGUGUUCAUCUCCUGUCCCAACUACACGUACGAGAUUGGAGCCUGGUUUGGAUUUUCCAUCAUGACCCAGACUGUGGCAGCUGCCAUCUUCCUGGUGUUCGGCUUCGUGCAAAUGACCAUCUGGGCUCGCGAGAAGCAUCAGGUGUACCUCAAGGCGUUCGCAGACUACCCGCGCCUCCGCAAGCCCAUCCUGCCCUUUCUGCUGUGACCUCGGAACCUGGAGGCCAGCGACAGGCAGUCGCCUGCACGCGCGACCAAAACUCGUGGUCACCUCGUUCCGUGCCACGCGUGUGUAUCGGAUUAUAUGUAUUGCUAGAAAGGCAAAGAUCCUCCGUGUAGCCUUCGCCGACUGUUAGGGCAAGUGCUGUUGGCGUGUAGCGCCUAUGAAGGCCGGCACGGUACACGAGGGGGUGGGUGUCCGACACCCACCCGUUCGUGUAAGUGGCGAUGUCCACACAUUGCACCAGGUACUCAAUUGAGGCUGAGUCAUGUGUUCAUCAAAAUCUGCUCAUAGUGUCUUACCUACUCCAGUGAGUGUGUAAUGGUGCUCGUAUCUUUCGGUGGGCCUAGGGCCAGGGGUGGAAAUUCCACGUUCCUCUGGCGGAGUCAGUCUCUCCGUAGGAUGGUGACUGUUGACUUUCGACUGAAGCAGUACCUCAUUUUAACAGCCCUGCACAGGGGACGAUGAUGAUGGGUUGAGUCGACCCCCGGACAGCAUUUUGAACUUGUGGCCCGCUUGAUUAUGGGUCGCGCACUCUGCCCAAGCAACACCUGACUGAAUAUUUCAGUACACAUAUAGCAACAACAAGCAACAACAACAACGACAACAUCACUCGGUGGCGGUGAUGUGGCCACGGCGCUUGUGCCAGGCUAUGUGCGCUUUAAGGCCACGUGAAGUGUUGAAGAAUCACCGGCAGGAGGUCAUUGGAAAGGUAGCGUACACAACCCAUACACGCACGUACACAACACACAUACAGAUGAACACGUGGAGACUGCCUAUCGUAUGGAGGCUGACACAUGGCAAUCAACGGAACGAAACAGAUUUCCACGAAGACUUCGUCUGCUGCCGUCCCAUGCGUCUAUUAGAAGCGGCUCCCGUACACCGAGUGGCCGUGGGUCAAAGCGAGGUCACCGACAUCCGAAUGCCAACUUCAACCUGUCGGUCGUCGCGAAACCAUUCGGUUGAAACGCCUCCGGAGAAGCGGCGAGAACGUCUGGGCGGUGUGAUUGCCGGACUGACCUGAAGGUCACACGCGGUCCGUUGUUUUUUUCUUUUUUUUUACUGCAUCUUGCAGCAUUGUAUCACACGUGUAUUAUAUCUGGUAGGUUAUUUAAUUAGCAGCGCAUGGUGCAAAGACGCAAUAUGCAAUGUUUGUGCUACAAAGCUGCCAUCGGGUUAAUAUAUUACCGGGCGAGGUUCAGCUGUGUUGAUGUGUAUUAUAAAAAAAUAUAUAUUUAUUAGAAAGUGGCAACAGUUGAGAGGUGUUUUAAAAAGGCGCUCGCUGCGUGGAACCGAGCGGAGCGGAGGGAGCGGUGGUUAGCGCACUGGCCGGUUACAUUUUGGCGGCUUGAUUUUGACGAUUCCCGGACAUGGCAAAAUGUACCGGUGGCAAGCGGUUGCCCGAGCCUGGUCCUUCACCAACCACGUAGACCAUCUGUGAAAAAGAGCUUCAUGGCUCAUAGGAUUCCUUGAGUAGAAGUUAAUAUUCUGACUGGGAUAAAGAGAUGGUCACAAUGACUCUCAUUGACCAAUACGGUGUGUGGGGGUGGAGGGUGAAGCCUUAAUUUAGCAGUGGUUUGACAGAUGCUGAAAAUAUCAUUCUCGUGUGUACGUAUGUUGAACUUCUUCUGCACCGUAUGUAGCCAAAUGUGCUAAUCGGAUGUGCGGGGGUGGAGGGGGGGACUGUGGUUCGUACAAGCAAACAAUAUUGCGUCCGCAUGGUUGAACAACCAGCCUUCGAAAAAUGCAGCUCUUGUCACAAAAAAAAACCCCAGUGUAACUUUGCCGACUGUGGCCUGUUUCCUUGUACAUAGCGCAGUCGUUUAUUUUAAGAUAUUUUUAUUGCAACGACUGGUAGCGUGGGCUCGGUCGUUCAUGUUGCAGGCCGCUACGUUUACAAAGCGAGAUCUGUCCCACAGCGAGUUUGUAUUAUUUUUUCGCGAGCAGCAUGAUGCUUUGCGACGAGCGCGUUGUGUGGUUGGUACAUUUUUGUUUUUAUUUAUUUCUGGAGACUGGCAUGCGCGCUGCGAAAACAACAACAACAACCCAGAACACAGCCGAUGUGCAGUCUGGAAUACAGCAUCGCCUCGUUUUUUUGCCAGCGAUACGUUCAGGAGAAAUGUUCGUGAAUGGCAAAUUUCGCGGGUAAAGAGUUUGUCGUACGAAAACCUAUAUUUUAAAUGAAUGAGCUUAAAUACAUAAGAUGUUGAAUACGUGAAAUUCAUUUCAUCACUUGAUCUCAUCACUUUCUUUCUCUCUCUCUCGAUGCAGUUGUGUAGAGUUCCAGGUGCGAUUCGCGGAAAGCUCAAAUCGCCGAUAGAAAGUUGGUGAAUAGCGAGGGAAUACUAAGACGAACUGUUUAUGGUUUUUAUGUUUUUUUUUUAUUCCAGAUCAGACGGUCAGUUAGGUGACUGCUGCUGCUGCCACAGGCAGUAGACCAUUAAUUUGUCUUCGAAUCGCUGUUUCCGCAUCCAAAGCUCAAGAUUGUAUUGAGGGAAUGAGGCAUUUUUAAACGGCUCAGAUUUUUUGUGUUUAUUUUAAAGCAUUUGUGAGAGGAGAUUUCAGUAAAUUUGUAUUGCUAUGCUCGCCAACAGAGUCCAUGCAAGCCAUCUGUUGCAAAUGAUGUAAUCACUAUUGAUAUUACGCGACUGUAAUUAAUCCCAGAAAGGUUCAACAUCAAGAUUCAAAAUAGUUUUUUUCCUAAAUGCUUAUAAUUUUUUUUCAAAUAUUAUUCCAACGUUGUGUCAUCGGCACCACGAGACAUCGUACCCUUUCAGAACUCUCGCUAAGCACAAUGCAACCGUGUUAGUGGACAGCCCGUGGAACUAGCUGUCACAGAGCUACCGAUGUUUGCAUGGCACUCAAUCCCACAUAUAAAUGUAGUUGAUGUGUUACAAUUCUCAGAGUUGGAAUUUCGCCAAAAAUUAAGUGGGAAAAAACUGAUUUUAAUGCGAUGCCUUUUUUAGUGUAGUCAUUGGUGGCCAGGCUGAGACCAUCACAUCGCAAGCUAAUAAAGUCGGUACAAUGCCUCUC